AUGUCCAACAAGACCGAGUGCUGCCCUCCCCAGUCCAACUCCAACCCCUCAAAGCCCAACGUCCCCCACCCCACGUCCCCCCCCACCGGUUACAAGUACAAGGGGUCUUUCAAAGCUGUAGGAAGCCACGACAAGGUAUACGUCGUUGGGCCAGAGGAUGCCAAGCACGCUCUGGUAGUCAUUCCUGACAUUUUUGGCUUCUGGCAAUUCUACAGGGACACAACUAUCCAAGGUUCCGAUACUCUGGUGUCUCACCUGUCAUCCACUUUGCCUACAAAGAUCCACUACGUCGAUGUCUUCAAAGGCAAGCCUUUCCCUGCUGAGAAGGAUGGAGACAAGGAAGAGCUAGGCAAAUUCUUUGCUGGAACCGCCAAGCUAGAUGACAGGUUGCCAGAGGUAGUCGCUUUUGGGAAAGAGUUGAAGAAGUCGUUCGAAAAGGUCUCCAUUCUGGGAUACUGCUGGGGCGGAAAACUCACCCUUCUUUCUCUGGCCGAGGCCACCCCCUUCGACGCCGGUGCUGUCGUACAUCCCGCCAUGAUCGCUCCCGAGGACGGCGAGAAGCUCUCUGCUCCUCUCGGUUUCUAUCCUUCCCAUGAUGAGCCCAAGAACGUUGUCGACAAGAUCCUCAAGGGAUUCAAGUCCAAGCCUUUCGAUCACAGCUUCACACUCUACGACACCGUUCACCACGGCUGGGCGGCUGCUCGCGCAGACCUCCAGGACGAAGAGAACGCAAAGCAGUUUGAGGAUGUGUACAAGCGACUGGGAGACUGGUUUGCCUCCGCCAUUAAAGUUUAG